GGAUGCGAUGGACCACACAGAAAGAUUCAAAGGGAUUCUGAUGUCAAAGGCUAUGAGAGCUAUAUGCAAAGAAGAGGACUAUGCCUUCUUGAGAAGCUUGGAUGAGAAACGACACGUGGCAUCGGAUGAAAUCCAGGAUGUUCAGAAGGAACUGGAGGAAAGGCAUGAGAAACAGGUCCAGCGAAGGGAGUGUGGAGAAAAAGAGAGACAAAGAGAACUGGAAGAGAUGCAGAAGGAGAAGCAGGAGCAGUGGAGAAACCAGGCAGCCACAAGGGCAGCCGCACAGGAGAGAAACCUCAGAGAGAGAGCCGACCGGCUUAAGCAGUUUCGGGUCGAGAAUGCCGCGAGGCUGCUGGCCGUAGAGGAGCUCAAAGGAGGAGAACCCCGUUGA